AUGUACUCGGAGAACCAGUUUAUGAAUCCGGGGCCAGCUCCCCGCCCCCCUACCGAACGACCCCCCAAGUUGACUCUACCUACCACAACCGCCGCCUUCGGUCAGAUGAGCUUGGACUCACCGAGCACUCCGGGUCCAGCGGCCGCCAACCUUUCGCUGUUCCCUAGCCCCAGCACUUCCUCGUUGGGUUCGGGUCGGAGCAAUAGCGGCCAAAAUGGCAUCUCGAUCAUCAAAGAAGGCACUGUCCGCUGCAAAGAAGACAAGUUCCUGGCAACCUGGAAUACCCGUUUUUUGAUUUUGCGCGAGUACAAGCUGGAAUUCUUGAAGAGCGAUAGUGGCAAGGUAGUGAUUACCUUCCCUCUCUCCACCGUCACCAAUGUGGGCCGCUCCGAGGAUUCCAAGAUGGCUUUUGAGAUUACUCGUCUAGCCAACCCAAAAGAUGCGAACUCCAAAGCUGCCCUACUGGCGCGCGACUUACCAACCAAGACCAUCACCUGUGAGGUCAAGUCCGAAGAUGAAAUCUACGAGUGGAUUGACAAGAUCUACGAGCGUUGCCCUGGAAUGGGUGGUGUCAGCAACCCCACCAACUUCAGUCAUCGGGUUCACGUCGGCUUUGAUCAACACACAGGCGCCUUUGUCGGCUUGCCGCCAGAGUGGGAGAAGCUUCUCACAUCCUCGGCCAUCACGAAGGAAGACUACAAGAAGAACCCACAGGCAGUUAUCGAAGUCCUCGAAUUCUACUCAGAUAUCAAGAUGCGCGAGCAGAAUCCGGGAUACUUCCCUACAACGAACAGCCCCAACGGGAAAUCUAACGCAUAUGGCAGUAGCAUGGGUAAUUCUAUUGCCCCCCCACGUCCCGCCCCGCCAGGACCUAUGCAGCGCCUCGAUAGUGGCCAGUCGAAGCAAUCUGAGUCGGACCGCGCGCUGGAGCACCAGCAGAAAGCCGAACGAAUGAAGGAAUUGGCUGAGCAAGGGCGUCGCCGGCUGGAGGAGGAAGCUCGUCGCGACAAGGAAGAACAAGAUGCUUACAAUGCAUCCAUUCCGAAGAGCCGUCCUCCUAUGGCUCAGCAGGAGAUUGGUGGAUAUGGGGGCGAUGACCCAUCGCAGAACAGCCGCUACCAACCAAGCCGCCCGGCUCCUCAGGCGCCAGGUUCUCGCCAGCAAGACCCCCGGCAGCUCACCGCACAGCGUCCCGCGCCCGCGCCACCCUCACAGAGUCCUUACGGCCAGGGCACGCCCCGCGCACCCGGUGCUCCUCGGACUGAUGACCGCCAUGGUCCCUCAACGUCCCGCUAUCCUCCCAAUGACCUUCGGGCUCCUGGAUCGUCGAGUCGCCAUCAGCCAAAUGGUUCCAAAGGACAGGCCGGACCCCCACCGACGCGCCUGCCAGCUCCUGUUCAGGCUGUAAAGCCACUGAACAUUGCCAACAAGCAAAAUGGAAACAAGCAGCACGUCCCCGACGGCGUUCGUCAAGCGGAGGCUGCGCUCAGCAAAAAGGCAGACUCGCCGCGUCAGAAGGAGGUGCGCAUGUCGGCCAUGUCAGAGAACGAGGUCAUGGAUCGCCUGCGGGCAGUUGUUUCCAGGGACAAUCCGAACGACUCGUACGCCAAGCAACGCAAGAUUGGCCAGGGUGCAUCUGGAUCCGUGUAUGUGGCGCGAGUUAAAGAAGGCGCCACUUCCGGCGUCGCCCGUGAACUAUACCGGACCUACGGCGCGCGCUGCCAAGUGGCCAUCAAGCAGAUGGAUCUGCGUAGCCAGCCCCGCAAGGAGUUGAUCGUCAACGAAAUCAUUGUCAUGAAAGACAGCCAACACCCGAACAUUGUCAACUUCCUCGACUCAUUCCUGCAGGAAUCAAGCAAUGAGCUCUGGGUUGUUAUGGAGUUCAUGGAGGGCGGUGCCCUGACUGAUGUGAUUGACAAUAACCAGAAUAUCAGUGAAAACCAGAUCGCCACAAUCUGUGCGGAGACUUGCAAGGGUUUGGCCCAUCUACACGGCCAAAAUAUCAUUCAUCGUGAUAUUAAGAGUGAUAACGUGCUGCUCGACCGUGUCGGCCAUGUCAAGAUCACCGAUUUCGGUUUCUGCGCCAAGCUCACGGAACAAAAGAGCAAACGUGCCACCAUGGUCGGAACCCCCUACUGGAUGGCACCCGAAGUGGUCAAGCAGAAGGAGUACGGCUCGAAGGUCGAUUGCUGGUCGCUGGGUAUCAUGGCCAUUGAGAUGAUUGAGUCUGAACCUCCCUACCUCAACGAAGAGCCCCUAAAGGCCCUCUACCUCAUUGCCACCAACGGCACCCCUCGCCUCAAGAAGCCCGAUAAGCUCUCCAGGGAACUCAAGAAUUUCUUGAGCGUCUGCCUUUGCGUCGAUGUCCGCAGUCGCGCUACUGCUGACGAGCUCCUCGCUCACGAAUUCCUCCAGACCGGGUGCAGCUUGAAUAGUCUGGCUGAGCUGCUUCGCUGGAAGAAGGCUAGUGGCCAGUAA